UUAACACCCACAACAACGACGACUGCCAACCUUUGUUGUUUGUUAGUAGCAGCUGAGUUGUUAGUGCUGCUGCACCACCUGCUGCACCACCUGCUGCUGCUCCACCACCUGCUGCACCACCUGCUGCUGCUCCACCACCUGCUGCUGCGUCAAGAACCGCUGAAGAAAAUAGAUUAAUAUUAAGAUGUAGUGAGCAAUGAGCAACAAGAAUGUUUACACUUGAAAUCUCCUGUCUUUCAAGAAGCAUCUGUACAAGUGUCUUUUAACAUCACCUCAUUCUCUUUUACCUUUAUUAUAUACCUUGAUUGUUUUGUAAUGAACUACAGUAACCCCUUGAUAGAACGGACUAAUAGGGGGAUUGUCCAAGUGUCUAGUAUAUCAGGAUAAUGUUGAAAAAUACUACAAAGUAUCACUUAAAUACCUAUAUAUACUUAAUAAAAUACUAUGCACACAGUUUACAGAUAUACUGCAAUGAACUUUGGAAAUAAAGGAGCUAAAAGUGCAAUUUAUCUAGUGGAUUUUGCUCAUAAUUUUAGAAGUUCAUUAUAUUGAGGUCUGUUAUAUCAGUGGUUUGCUGAAUAUUUUUUGUAAAUAUUGCAGAUGACAAUACAUAACUCAUUAAUUAUUUAGACAUAUCAGGAAAAUCUCUGAAAAUAUGUGAUGUCAUAAUGAAACAAAUACCAUUAGUGUUUCUUAAAAUAUUACAGCAAAAAUAUAUAUAUAACUCUUAAGCUCAUUUACAUCAGAGGUUCCCAAACUUAUGUUCAUCAUAAAUGUUUUGGAGUAAUAUUAUGCCUUAUCCACUGCUUAUUCUUUUCUACAGGUGUGAAAAAAUACCUUUCUCUGAAAGGUAUGUAUGACUGUCUGAGAUAGUCAUAUAUACCUAUACCUACCUCAUCUGUGUAAGUAUAGCACUGAAAUAUUUCUAUUAUUGAACAGUGUUGUUUUAGCAUUUGGGACUUUAUAUUUGUCUUUGAAAGUCUGAAGACCAAUAAAUAAGUAUUGAAAUAAAUAAAGUGACAGUAAAAACAUACCUGUGUAGCCCUUGGCAAACCCUUUUGGGUACCAAGUUUGGCAAUCUCUGAUUUAGAAGAUAAAACUUAUUAGUGUUCAUUAUUAUUAUUACAUUCAUGAGAUGAGCACUAAACCCAUAGGGGUUAAUACAGCACCUGGGGAAAUGGAAGGUAAUCAGGGUCAGUUCAAGGAAGGUGAGGUCAGGUUGAAUUCCUUGGAUCAAGAUCUCACUGCCAUGAAGGAAUAUCAGUGUUCAGAAUGCUUGAAAUAUUUUAGCAAUAAAGAUUGGCUUGAAAGACACAUGAAAGUACAUACAGGAGAGAUAGAUCAUCAGUGUUCAGAAUGUCUAAAAUGUUUUAGACAGAGAAGUAAUCUUGUCAUACACAAGAAAAUUCAUUCAGGAGAGAAACCAUAUCAGUGUUCAGAAUGUCUGAAAUGUUUUAGCCAUAAAAGUUAUCUUGUUGCACACAAGAAAAUUCAUACAGGAGAGAAGCCUUAUGAGUGUUCAGAAUGUCUGAAAUGUUUCAGCAAUAAAAGUAAUCUUGUAAAACAUGUGAAAAUUCAUACAGGAGAGAAGCCUUAUCAGUGUUCAGAAUGUUCAAAAUGGUUUUGCAGAAAAAGUGUUCUUGUAAAGCAUGAGAGAAUUCAUACAGGAGAGAAGCCUUUUCAGUGUUCAGAAUGUUUGAAAUGUUUUAGCAAUAAAAGUAUUCUUGUAGAACACAAGAAAACUCAUACUGGAGAGAAGCCUUAUCAAUGUUCAGAAUGUCUGAAGUGUUUUGGCCGAAAAAAUUAUCUUAUUAUACACAAGAAAAUUCAUACAGGAGAGAAACCUUAUCAAUGUUCAGAAUGUUUGAAAUGUUUUAUCAGUAAAAGUGUUCUUGUAAAGCACAUGAAAAGUCAUACAGAAGAGAAGCCUUUUCAGUGUUCAGAAUGUUUAAAAUGGUUUAGGCAAAAAAAUUAUCUUAUUAUACACAAGAAAAUUCAUACAGGAGAGAAGCCUCAUCAGUGUUCAGAAUGUUUGAAAUGUUUCAGCAAUAAAAGGGAUCUUGAAAGACACACAAGAGUUCAUACAGAUGAAAAGCCUUACCAGUGUUCAGUGUGUAUGAAAUGUUUUAACAGAAAGAGUUAUCUUUCAGUUCACACAAAAAUUCAUGAAGGAGAGAAAAUAUAUCAAUGUUCAGAGUGUAUGAAAUGUUUUAGCAGGAAAGGCCAUCUUGUACAACAUGAACAAAUUCAUAGAGGAAGGAAACCAUACAAGUGUUCAGAGUGUUCAAAAUGUUUUACCUUUAAGCGUUCUCUUAAAACACACGUGAGGAUUCAUACAGGAGAGAAACCUUAUCGGUGUUCAGUGUGUUUAAAAAGUUUCGUAAUAAAAAUGGCCUUGUAGCACAUGAGAAAGCUCAUACAGGAUGUAAACCAUAUCAGUGCUCAGUGUCUGCUACUGUAGAUUAUGAAGGUCAUACAGGAAGUUAACCAUAUCAUUGUUACAUGUGAAAUAAGUUAACUAUAUUAUAACCCAUAAUGGAAUUCAUACAAGGGAAAAAUCAUAUCAUUAUUUUCCAUGUUGAAUUAUUUUACUUAUAAAUCUUUCCUUGCAGCAGAAAAAAGGUUCAUACAUGAUGUAAACCAUAUCAUUGUUGAGUGAAAUGUUUUAGUGAAAAAAAGGACCUUUGUAAAUCAGAAAAAUAUUUGAGACUUCUUAUAGGAGAUAAACCAUGUCAGUUUUUCCGAAUUAUUGAAGCAUUUUAGCCACAACACAAAAUUCAUACAGGAGGUGAACCAUGUCGCUGUUCAGACGGAAAUGUUUUAGACUGUUGCACACUUGUAAAACAUGAAAAAAAGUUCAUUUAGAAGAGAAACUGUAUUAAAGAUGAAUGUGUGUGAUAUAUUUUAGCUAUAAUUUUAAUCUUAUAACAUGAGAAAUCAUCCAGAAGAUAAACCAUACUAGUGUCGUUAAGUGUUAAGAGUAAGCAUGGAAUGCACCAAGACCUAUCUCAAUUGUUUAAUGACAGUCAUGCUUGAUGAGGUUAAUUUAUUGUCUUUGUUAAAUGACUCUGAUUGAUGCAUUUUUCCUUCUUCAAGGGGGGCUCUUUGACACAGCAAAGAGGCUCUUAGUCUAAGGAAUUAAACCCUUUGGUCUUCAUCCUUAAACCAAACCUAAGUAUCCUCCAGUCUUCCCUUCCAAGUUUUCAACCUUAGUUUUGACUGCAGCAUCACGUUCUGUUCCUCAAACCUCAGGCAAGCAUUCUCAGACAUGCGUGCCUUUGUGAUCUCCUGCAUGUGCCCAUGCAGUGAGUUUGAAAUAUCUUGCGUGGAGCCAUUAUCGAUAUAAUUGGAUCUCAGAUCGUCUUUUUAUUUUAAGCAGGCAAGGGCAGUUGCUCACCGCAUCAUACACGAUGCUAAACGCACUUGUUAGCAAGACUACGUGUCUACCAUUACCUCGUCUUUCCCUAUGUGUGUGGUUGGGAAGAAGGUACGAAAGCUGUGUGGCAAGUACAGUGGACCCCCGCAUAACGAUAUUAAUCUGUUCAUGAGAGCUCAUUGUUAUGCGAAAUUAUCGUUAUGCAAAUGAAUUUUCUCCAUAAGAAAUAAUGGAAAUCAAAUUAAUCUGUGCAAGACACCCAAAAGUAUGAAAAAAAAAUUUUUACCACAUGAAAUAUACAUUUUCCUACACACAAAGAG